CUAAAAGAUCCUUGGACGUCGCAGAGCUUCGAAGGCUGCAACGAGCAAUCAAUCAGCAACAAAGAUAACACAACCAAAAGAACGGCAAGAGAAGCAAGAUCUACUCGAUAGCUAGCUAGAUAACAACCAUGGAGCGCCUUCAACAGUUGAUGCGGGGCAUGCCUGGUGCCGGAGGCAUGGGAGGAGCCGGUGCUGACUCUCCUACACCGGAUUGUGCCGAGAAAGUCCAUGUGUCGUCUCUGGCACUGUUGAAAAUGUUGAAGCAUGGACGGGCGGGUGUCCCCAUGGAAGUCAUGGGCUUGAUGCUGGGACAGUUUGUCGACGACUACACGAUCAACUGCGUCGAUGUCUUUGCCAUGCCACAGUCGGGUACCUCUGUGAGUGUCGAAGCGGUGGACCCCGUCUUCCAAACUCGCAUGUUGGACAUGUUGAAACAAACGGGUCGUCCGGAAAUGGUCGUCGGCUGGUACCACUCCCAUCCUGGAUUCGGAUGCUGGCUCAGUAGCACAGACAUCAACACCCAGUCAUCGUUCGAAGCACUCAAUGCUCGUGCCGUCGCGCUUGUGGUGGACCCCAUCCAGUCCGUCAAGGGAAAGGUGGUCAUCGACUGCUUUCGCCUCAUCAAUCCACAGCUCAUGAUGUUGGGACAAGAACCCAGGCAAACCACUUCCAACAUUGGGCACUUGCAAAAACCAAGUAUUCAGGCGCUGAUUCAUGGUCUCAACCGACACUACUAUUCCAUCGUCAUUGAUUACCGAAAGAAUGAACUGGAAGAACAAAUGCUCAUGAACCUGCACAAGCGAAACUGGACCAACGGGUUGACGGUGGAACGCUUCGAGGACCACCAAAAAAAGACGGAAGAGGUCGUCGACAAAAUGCUCAAAUUGACCAAAAACUACAAUGAACGCGUCCAACAAGAAGAGGGAAAGACCACAGAGCAGGUACUCGUCGACAAUGUUGGAAAAGUGGAUCCCAAGCGUCAUUUGGAAACAAGUGUCGCUGAUCUCAUGAGUGCCAACAUCAUCCAAUGCCUGGGAACCAUGCUCGACACGGUGGUUUUCUAAAUCACAUCACAGAACGACACGGUGCGUUUCUUCAUGAUACUGUCUUUCUUGAUCGAACGGAACGGAAACACGGACGCUUCCCAACCGAAAACAAUGCCAGCAAUUCUUACUACUCUUACCAUGACAGUAGUAGCAUAAAUUCAGUUUCUACUUUCUUUCUUUCUUUGAUAUUAUAUUAAUAGCUAGCCAUCUCCAUGACGAAUAGAAUAUGCGAGUCAGUCGGCGCCAU